UCCUGAACUUAAGCUAUAGUGCGCCCUCUUGUGACGGAUGAUUUCCGGGCGAUGAACUCGACGACCUACCUGCCGAGUUUUUGGAUUUUCGCGGGAAACGAGCGGAAAAGGGGCCAGAGUUCCUACUAAUUUCACCUUAAUUCGAUCUGCACAGUGCACAGAUUCCUCCAUCAUUGGAUUGACCAGCAACCAAUAUGGAGAAAUCGCCUGCCCGCAAAAAUCAACCGAAACAUGAAACUGUGAUGGACCCAAGCCAACCCCAGGGAGCCACGGUCAACAAGGCUGACCACAAACUGAUCAUUGAGAACAACAAUCUUUUGUCAGAGACCAAGUUAACAAGCCCAACCUCCGAAACUGGCGGAGACGAAACAAUGCAGCAUUCAAAGCCAGGGAACCUCGCAGAACCUCAGCGAACCUCACUGGAUGGUGAGGAUGCAGGGACCAAAGAAGAUCCUCAGACACACUCGGAGAAAGGCAGGGAAACGGAAGGCGCAGGGUGUUCGUCGAGAGGUCAGGACAUACCAGACAAAGACUGUGAGUUUGUGCCGGGGUUGGAUGUGCUCGCUCGCUGGAACGAUGGUUUGUUCUACCUUGGAAUAGUUUCAAAGGUGAUUCCUCACCAGAAGAAGUGCCUUGUGAUUUUUGAAGACAGCUCAGAGCACUGGGUGCUGUUUAAACAUCUCCAAAAAGGUCGAACUCCCAACAGUGAAAUAACCUGCUGUGUGUGUGAGGGAGAUCAGUCCGAGCCACCCAAUGAGAUAGUCAUCUGUGAUCGCUGUGGUUUAGGAUAUCAUCAGCUAUGUCACCAGCCAGUCAUCGACAGUUUCAAACUCCUGUGCCCUGAUGAGUCCUGGCAUUGCAGACAGUGUGUGUUUGUCAACUCGGCAAAGGUUGGAGGUGCUUUGAAGAAAGGCCCUGCAGCCAAAGUUUUCCAAGAAAUGAAACAAUCUCUACCAUACAAGCUUGAGAACCUUCACUGGGACUCGGCGCACAAGACCAACACGGAGCAGUGCUAUUGCUACUGUGGUGGCCCUGGGGAGUGGUACCUGAAAAUGCUGCGUUGUUGUCGUUGUAUGCAGUGGUUUCACGAAGCAUGUGUUCAAUGCCUUGAGAUGCCUAUGCUGUAUGGAGAUGGGUUCUACAUCUUUGUGUGUUCUGUGUGCAAUUCGGGGCCGGAAUACCUGAAGAGAUUGCCUUUGAAGUGGCAAGAUCUUGUCCAGCUGGUUCUGUACAACUUGACUUUGAUGCAUCGCAAGAAGUACUAUGACUUUGAAGAAGAGAUCAUACCCUUCUUAACAGAGCAGUGGUACAACUUGCAAGUCUCACAUCUUGGUGCUACAACAAGAUCGGAGAAACAGGAGCGAAUCAUGGAAGCAUUACACAGCUCAAAAGUAAAGUUUGCUUGUGGCAAAGAGGUGAAGAAGAAGCAGAACAUCUGGGGGCUGAGGAUCAGAAAGCCCCCGGUCCCACCCACCAUCAUCCUGCCUGCCAUUGGUCAGAUCACCGAUGAGGUCAUGAAUGACCUCAAGAUGACCGGCCGUAAGAUCGUGACGUUCAUACCUGUAGAAAGCAACUCGCCAGUUCCUCUUAAACCUGCAAAGAGGAAACGGAAGAACGUAGCAGAAACUCCCGAGGAGCUAGAAAUGCGCAGCAUAAACGCAAGGAAGAUGUUUGAGCAAGCAAUAAAAGACGGAGUGCACAAACCAGCUUACAGCCCCAACCAGUCCUACACCGGCUACUCCGGCGGUGUGAUGUCCCUCGAGGACCUGACCCCUGUCGCAGAAGGCCAGUCAGUCCUGGACACCAUCCGGCCCUUCGAAACAAUCUGCGCCGGCAGCACGGGAGUUCCCGUCCCCGUCAGCUUCAGUCAGCAUUCCUCCGUCGCGUCUUCCGGCGACACGGGUUCCGAUUACUCGGCUGUCACGAUUCCAGCAGGGGCAUCCAGCGGGGACAGUGAGAGCUUGGGCAACAGCGGAAUGACGCGACACCGGAAGCACGGCAGCUGGAAACGCAAACGGAAGCUCCCGUCACCCAGGAAGGAGGCCGGACCCACCAGCCCCAAAUCUCCCGCAAAGUCUGCUAGCCAACCCUCGUCCAGAGGCGAGAACUCGGAGAAGUCCACGACACGCCUGAACGGGGCGGUCUCCAUGUCGGAACUGAAGCGCUCCAUGUCGAACCAUUACGGGGCCGAGGGGCGGCUGGCAUGCGGCGAGAAGUACCAGUUGCUUGGAAGGCGGGUGACGCCCGACGGAAAGAUACAGUACCUCAUUCAGUGGGAAGGGGUGACGCCCUAACACACACACACACACACCGCUUCUGACAUCUUUGGGAAAGUCCGGAUUUUAUGCAAUGUAGUCAAAGCCUUUUCUCAAACCUAAUUUACCCUCAUUUUUGUACUAGAACGGUAUUCUGCACAUCCUAUGUGAAGAGAAUAUUCUUUGAGCAGAUGGGAAAAAAUGCAUUAGGUCUAGUUGAUAUUUCAAAAUGAUCUCAGUGAUUUGAUUCAUUUUGUGACCAUAAUCUACCUUCAUUUAUAAAAUUCAUUUGUGACAUAACAAUAUACCCUUGACUGAUGUUGCAAGGAAAACACUGCCGCUGAAAUUGGUCCAAACAUCUUUUGUGCGUUUAUUUUCUCCGUGUGAGAAAUCCUAAUGGGAACUCCUUUGCCAGCUCUUUAGAGCUAAGUUCGGGCAAAUUCUAAACAGGCACAGGGUUGAUAUGUUAACCCAUUAGCACGUUUACUGUUGUAUCACGUUGUUUUUAUUCCCUGCUGAAUCCUUAAAGGUGGAGUAAAUUAUUUGUCAUUUGUGCAUUUUUUUCCGUUUGUAGCAACAACAGUGCUCAAAAUCUAAAGAAGGGUGCUUAACAACUAACC